AUGGAGGCAAGUGAUGAUACUGAAUAUUCUAAGACAAGCCCUUUGGAGAGAAAUGAUGAUGAGGAAGAAAGUGAAGCGAAAAACGAAGCCAGCAACCCUAGAGAUGGAGGAAGCUCAAGUAACAGCACGGUCGAAGAGGGCGAGAAGAAGAUAGUCGUAAGGCCUUACGUUCGAUCUAAGAUGGCUAGACUCCGGUGGACGCCUGAACUUCAUCUGCGCUUUGUUAAUGCUGUGGAAAGACUUGGAGGACAAGAGAAAGCAACUCCAAAAUUAGUGCUUCAGAUGAUGAAUAUCAAAGACUUAAACAUUGCUCAUGUCAAGAGUCAUUUACAGAUGUAUAGAAGCAAGAAAAUUGAUGAGCCAAACGAAUGGAUGGCAGAUCACAGGCUUUUCAUGGAAGGUGCAGAUCGGAAUAUCUACAAUCUAAGCCAACUCCCUCUUCAUUCUACCUUCAGAUUUGGAGAUGCUUCUUGGAAUAAUUAUGGAAAAUGGAUAAAUAACUCGACUAUGAGGCAGAAUACAGUUAAUGAGAGGAUCUUGGGCUGCAGCAGCCAAUAUUAUAGGUCAGCAAAUCAUGAUAUUUGCACCAGAAUUUCUUGUUCCAAUGAAUUAUCCACUCAGAAGACUAAAGAAUUUGGAUCGCUUAACGGGCAUGAUUCCUGGCUAGGCCAAUCUAGAAGAAACUCUAUCGAGCAAACAAUGAAUCUCCAUAGGCAGACAACGGUAAAAAGGAAGGCGUCAGAGUGUGACCUCAACUUGAAUUUAUCGCUUGGGAUAGAAUUAAGGGAGGAUGAUCUAAGGCAGCAAGGUUCACAGUAUGAUGAAAACAUCUUGUCAUUAUCAUUGUACACUCCAUCCUCCUCAAAGCUUAAGAAGUUGAAAGAAGAUGAGGGUACUAAAAUCGCAAGAGGGGCAAGUACUCUGGAUCUGACUCUAUGA